UUACACAACAUGUAAAAAGUUCUGAAACCUUCAAAUACUAAAAAUGUGUACUCUGAGGAUAAGACACUUAAUUAGCAUUGGAUUAUAGUUUAGGAGAUCAUAACUCCUAAAAGAUUUCCAAAUAUUUUUAGAGGAAAAAGCUAUCAAAAUAAGUUUCUUUGUAUAUAUUCGUUUAUGGACAACUUGCUACCAUGCCUUUUAAAAUAAUUUAAACUUUGUACCCACUGGAAAAGACAAAUUGUAUCCGGAAAAGUUGUUAAUGGAGAGGAGAGAAUUAAGCUGUUACAUGAGCAAUGAUGAAGUUGUUUAGAGCGGUAGCCCUGGAUGCUUCUCACAGCUUGUUUCAGUUUAGGUAGCUUUUCAUCGCUGCCAGGUUUUAAUGAUUGUAGGUCCUUUGGUUUACUCUUAUCAAAAUAACAAAAUAGCUUCUAUUUCCUCCUCUCUUUAUGAUAAAAAUAAUGCAUGUACCAUGUGAAAAAGCAAAAAUUGAAGCUAAAGAAAAAAUACUCAUAGUCCUACCUGCCUUCUGGUUGUUGAGUACAAGAUUUGAUAUAUUUCAUCAAAUUAGGCAUGCUAACAUACUGUUCAAAUCUUUUAUAUCUUUACUACUUUUUUUGAUCUAAUUGAUCUAAUUGAGAGGGUUUUGUUCAUAUUAUGAUAUGUGUUAUUCAGGGUCCUGUCUAGAAAACUCCAUGCAAAGUAUUUCAAAAGAUAUAGUUUGGAGGAUACAAAGUAGCAGAUAUGUAAGAUGAAUAAGUCUAGAGAUCUAAUGUACAACAUGAGGAUUACAGGUAAUAAAAGUACCAUAUAUGACAUUCAUACUGAGUAAAUUUUAGCUGCUUUUGCCACAAAAAAAAUGGGUUAGCUAUGUGAGAUGAUGGAUUUGUUCAUGCACUUCACUAUAGUAACCUUUUUAUUAUCGGUAUGCAUCCCGUAACAUGUUGUAUACCUUAAAUAUACACAAUAAAAUUUAUUUAAAUAAGAAAAGAAGGGAUUCAAUAUAGAGAAUUGGUUACCCAGGAGCUGGAGGACAAAGAAAAUAGUGAGGUAGUCCAAAGGAAAUGGAUACCUCCUUUACAUCCAGGGAACAAAAAGGAAAAAGAUUGGGAUUGCCAGGAUCUGGGAGCUUGGAGAAGAAGCCCCAUAAAACUGAUGCCCAUGCCUCUGAGGAGGUGACACUGCCUAGCUGCUGCUGGCUUCUUUUCUAACAAGGUGUCUAAAAAAUAUAGUUGGUAAGGUCCCAGAAAAUGUGGAAACCUUGUAUUUUUCAUUUUUAGGAUAUUUUAUUCAGUGUGUACAAGUUUAGAAUUGUUAAUCAUUCCUGGUAAAUUGAAUCUAUUAUCAUCAUUUGUGACCUUCCUUAGCUAUGUUCAUGAUUACGUGUAUAUGAUUAUGUAUAUGUAUUUUACAUACAUAGCAAUUUACUAUACUGAUGCUAAUCAAGUCUAUUUUGUCUGAUAGUAUAAUAAUAAUGCUGCCCUGGCUCUGUUUUAGUUAACCUUUUCUUGAUUUAUCUUUUUCCAUUCUGGCAGCCCUUCAGUGUCAUGUUAAUUUAGUUGGGUCUAUUUAAAACUACAUAUAUCUGAAUUUUGCUUUUUUAAUGCAGUCUGACAAUACCUGUUUUUUAAUUGCUUAAUUUAUUCUAUUUGUAGGUCUAUCGUAUAUAGUCUGUAUAUAUAUCUGGGCUUGUUUCUGCCUCUUUACUUUGUUCUUCCUAUUUGUCCUGCAUUUUCUGUUCUUUGCUUUUAUUAAAGUUUUAGAAGUUUAAUAGGACAUGUAAAACUAACUAUUUAAGAAUAAAAUGCAUUAUUUAUUUGAAUUUUUAAAAAUGCUUUACAUCGUUUUUAGAUCUCACAGCUGCAUAAAAAUUCCAUUUUUAAAUAUUCAACAAAUAUGUUUUGUGAGCCUAGUAUAUGCUAGAAACUGUUAUUGGUGCGGGUGAUAUAGCAGUGCACAACACCAACAGAAAUUCCUGUUCUCAUAGAGCUUAAAAUUUAGAUCAGCAUAGUUUUAAUUAGGUUUUAAAUACUUCAGAUACACACUGUUUCUGUAGGUUUAAAAGUCGAGAGCUUCUGAAAUGGAUUUUCAAAAGUCUAAGGAACUGUCUUGUUUUGUUACGAGGUGCUAUGAAGUGGUGAUGAACGUAGUCCACCAGUUGGCUGCCCUCUAUAUCAGUAACAAGAUUGCACCCAAAAUUAUAGAGACAACUGGAGUUCAUUUUCAGACUAUGUAUGAGCACUUGGGAGAACUGCUAACAGUUUUGCUCACCCUGGAUGAAAUUAUUGAUAAUCAUAUCACACUUAAAGACCACUGGACUAUGUACAAAAGGUUACUGAAAUCCGUCCAUCACAAUCCUUCAAAAUUUGGAAUUCAAGAAGAAAAACUAAAGCCAUUUGAAAAGUUCUUGCUGAAGCUAGAAGGGCAAUUACUGGAUGGAAUGAUAUUCCAGGCCUGUAUAGAACAACAAUUUGAUUCUCUCAAUGGAGGAGUAUCUGUGUCAAAAAAUAGCACUUUUGCUGAGGAAUUUGCACAUAGUAUUCGGUCAAUUUUUGCAAAUGUAGAAGCCAAGCUUGGAGAACCUUCUGAAAUUGACCAGAGAGACAAAUAUGUUGGAAUUUGUGGACUCUUUGUAUUGCACUUUCAGAUUUUUCGAACUAUUGAUAAAAAGUUUUAUAAGUCUUUAUUGGACAUUUGUAAGAAGGUACCAGCCAUCACUCUAACUGCUAAUAUUAUUUGGUUUCCUGAUAGUUUUCUGAUCCAGAAAAUACCAGCAGCUGCCAAACUUCUAGACAGAAAAAGUCUUCAAGCCAUUAAAAUACACAGGGAUACUUUUCUACAACAGAAAGCUCAAUCACUUACCAAAGAUGUACAGUCUUACUACGUCUUUGUGAGCUCAUGGAUGAUGAAAAUGGAAUCUAUUUUAUCUAAAGAGCAGAGAAUGGAUAAAUUUGCUGAAGAUCUCACCAACAGAUGUAAUGUUUUUAUACAGGGCUUCUUGUAUGCUUAUAGUAUUAGUACCAUUAUUAAAACCACAAUGAAUCUCUACAUGUCCAUGCAAAAGCCAAUGACCAAAACCUCAGUUAAGGCAUUAUGCAGGCUUGUUGAACUUCUCAAGGCAAUAGAGCAUAUGUUCUACAGGAGAAGCAUGGUUGUGGCUGAUUCAGUUUCACAUAUAACACAGCACCUUCAACAUCAGGCUCUUCAUUCUAUUUCUGUGGCCAAGAAAAGAGUGAUUUCUGACAAAAAAUACAGCGAACAGCGUCUUGAUGUGCUCUCUGCUCUAGUUUUGGCUGAAAACACUCUAAAUGGACCAAGCACAAAGCAACGGCGACUUAUUGUUUCUUUGGCACUAAGUGUUGGCACACAAAUGAAAACAUUUAAAGACGAAGAACUCUUUCCACUUCAAGUAGUCAUGAAAAAACUGGAUCUUAUUAGUGAACUUAGAGAACGAGUCCAAACACAAUGUGACUGUUGUUUUUUAUACUGGCAUCGAGCUGUCUUCCCAAUUUAUUUAGAUGAUGUGUAUGAAAAUGCUGUUGAUGCAGCCAGAUUACAUUACAUGUUCAGUGCUUUGCGCGACUGUGUACCUGCUAUGAUGCAUGCAAGGCAUUUAGAGUCCUAUGAGAUACUUCUGGAUUGCUAUGACAAGGAAAUUAUGGAAAUUUUAAAUGAGCAUUUGCUGGACAAAUUAUGCAAAGAAAUAGAGAAAGAUCUGCGACUUUCUGUGCAUACUCAUUUAAAGCUGGAUGACCGAAACCCUUUCAAAGUUGGCAUGAAAGACCUGGCUCUUUUUUUCUCUCUGAAUCCAAUUCGGUUUUUCAAUCGUUUCAUUGACAUUCGGGCUUAUGUAACUCACUACCUAGACAAGACUUUCUACAAUCUAACAACAGUAGCCCUUCAUGACUGGGCCACUUAUAGUGAGAUGAGAAACUUAGCUACUCAGCGUUAUGGACUGGUUAUGACAGAGGCACAUCUUCCCAGUCAGACUUUGGAACAGGGCCUUGAUGUUUUAGAAAUUAUGAGAAACAUUCAUAUAUUUGUGUCCCGAUACCUCUAUAAUCUCAACAAUCAGAUUUUUAUUGAACGAACAAGCAAUAACAAGCAUUUGAAUACUAUUAAUAUUCGGCAUAUUGCUAAUUCAAUUCGAACACAUGGCACGGGAAUUAUGAACACAACCGUUAAUUUCACCUACCAGUUUUUGAAAAAGAAGUUCUAUAUAUUUAGCCAAUUUAUGUAUGAUGAACACAUCAAAUCCAGAUUGAUUAAAGAUAUUCGAUUUUUCAGGGAAAUUAAGGACCAAAAUGAUCAUAAGUAUCCUUUUGAUAGAGCAGAAAAAUUCAAUCGAGGCAUCAGAAAACUUGGAAUAACACCUGAGGGACAGAGCUACCUUGAUCAAUUCAGACAACUCAUCAGCCAAAUUGGUAAUGCUAUGGGCUAUGUACGAAUGAUAAGAUCUGGUGGUCUUCAUUGUAGCAGCAAUGCCAUUAGAUUUGUUCCUGAUCUUGAAGAUAUUGUAAAUUUUGAAGAACUGGUAAAAGAAGAAGGUCUUGCAGAAGAAACGUUAAAAGCAGCAAGGCAUUUGGAUUCAGUCCUCAGUGAUCACACACGAAAUUCUGCUGAAGGCACAGAAUAUUUCAAAAUGCUUGUAGAUGUUUUUGCUCCAGAAUUUCGAAGGCCAAAGAAUAUACAUCUCCGAAAUUUCUAUAUAAUUGUUCCCCCUCUGACCCUGAACUUUGUAGAACAUUCCAUUAGUUGCAAGGAAAAACUAAAUAAAAAAAAUAAAAUUGGAGCUGCCUUUACUGAUGAUGGCUUUGCCAUGGUUUUGCUGAUGGCUGCAGGUGUGGCUUACAUUCUAAAGCUUUUGGAUCAGUACCGGGAGUUUGACUCACUUCACUGGUUCCAGUCUGUUAGAGAGAAAUACCUGAAGGAGAUCAGAGCAGUUGCUAAGCAACAGAAUGUGCAGUCGGCCAGUCAAGAUGAAAAACUCUUACAAACCAUGAAUCUCACUCAAAAGCGACUGGAUGUCUAUCUACAGGAAUUUGAAUUGCUAUAUUUCUCACUGAGCAGUGCAAGAAUUUUCUUCAGAGCAGACAAGACUGCGGCUGAAGAAAACCAAGAAAAGAAAGAGAAGGAAGAAGAAACUAAAACAAGCAACGGAGACCUGUCCGACAGCGCUGUGUCUGCUGAUCCUGUUGUGAAAUGAUACCGAUGAUAUUCACUGCACAUAUGAUGAAAUCGUCAGAAUUGUUAAAACAGUGGAAUGGAUAAACUAUUGAUGAAUUGUUUCCUUGGUCACAUCUCUGGAAAAUAGAUGUUACAACUCUUAAAGGCAGUGCUUUAAAGUGAAGUCCUUUCUGUUUCCAAAGGCUCUACUUUCAAAGGUUGAGAAUGAGAUUUUAAAAUUGGAUUUUUGCCUGGACUUGAGGGUAGAAGAUGUUUCUAUUUGAUGUGAAGUUAUAAAAGGGCAAAUCCAGAUUCAUAAACUAUCACCUCGGAUUUCUUGUAAUCUCCAUGUUUGUAAUUUGUAUUUGCAUAGAUCUUUGAUCUGUAGUUAUUUCAAGUCAUGGGAAAUUCAAUGCAUAUACUAUAUACAGCCAGUAAAUACAUGCUUAACAAAAGGAAUGAGCCUGAAAUUCAUGAAGAAUACAUAUCAAUAUUCUCAUAAAAGGAAUAUAUGAAGAUGGCUUUGAUACUAGAGGUGAGGCACAAGUGUUUUAUGUACUCUCACUGUACAGUAUAACUGAUGAUCAUUCUUUCAUUGUUAAUUUCAUGUGACUCACAAGAGCUGCUGAUGUCUUUGAUGAGACAUUUUAUAACUAGUUUACAUUGCUUUGAGAACAUUUAACCUCCAACAGCUGCUUUAAAUUUAAGAUUUACUUAGUACUCAGAAAAUUCAGAUAAAGCCAUAGAGUCCUGUUUGAAGUUUCACUUCUAUUUUGGUUGAAGGCAUGAUGUAUGAUGUCAGAAAAAAAAUUGAAUGAAUUAUUUCUACAUCCAAACUCAGGUUUCUUCUACAUUAGAUUGAAUUGAAAUUUUGGUGAUGGUUUGGGUAGACUUUUUUUUUUAUAUCAAGUAUAAUUUAAGACAACAGAUUAAUAAUUACACUGUUCAGGCUUUUAAAAAAAAUACCACUGUGAGAAUAAACAGCCAGUAAGAUACAUCACUUACUGAUUUUAAAAGUACAGAAAGAUUUGAGUAAAUUUCGUACCCAGCAAGUGUUAGUUUUAUUUUUGUAAAGGUAUGUAAGUUAUUAGUUAAAUGGUUAAUCAUGGCCUUUUAAAAAUAUAAUAAAGUGAUACCUUUACAAUGAAGACAAAAAUUUAAAACUUUCUAAUACAAACAUCAUUUUGGGAAAUGCUUGAUUUUUUUCUAUUGCAUUUGUCUGCGAAACAUUUCUUUGGAUAAAUCCUGCAAAUGCUUCUAACGUUAUUCUUUGAUUCCAGCUUUUAGAAUGGAUGUACAAUGCCCUGUUUGUACUUACUGGUUAGGGUCAGGGUAACUUGCCAGCCCAGGAUAAAUACUUUAAUUGUUAAAAGUCAGAAGAGACAGAAUAUGUAGGAAAUGUUUUUUGUUUAUUAUGUAAACAUGGCUUACAGAAUUAUGAACAGUGGAUAGAUUAAAGGCAUUUAAUAUUUGUAAUCCAUAAUAACUGUAGAAAUGGCCCUAAAGCAUGCUGCAUACUUAAUAAUUUAUAUUUUCAUUAUUAUAAGUUUAUAUUAAUGAUCUUGCAUUUGAUUAUAUCAAAUUCGUCAUCAUUUUAUAGCAACAGUAUUGUUUUCUCUGUUUUUCUUCUCUAACUUCUCUGAAAUCAUCUCCUAUUAAGGGAUAGAAAUUGUUACUAGAAGAGAAUCACAUGUUCUCUGGUCAUUAUCCCUACACGUGUAAAUUAAUUAUUUUAUCAAUACUAGAUAGAGUUCACAUGCUGACUCCCUGGAUACCUACAAUUAAGAAGAAAAUGACAGACAACUAUUUCUCCUUUAGGUUAAAAUAAUGUCACUGCAAUCUGGAUAGAUUAUAAGUUAACGUAUUUGAAAUAAGAUCUUGGAAACAAGAAUUUAAAUGGUGUCAAACUGCAGAGCAACAGGGCUUCAGUAUAUUCACACCUAAUACGUUCAUAUGUACAUUUCGAUGAUGGUUUUUCUUGAUAACAUAUUAACAUUGAUUUUAUUUUUUCAGACAUACUGUUAAUUUAAAAAUAAAUGUGAGCGUUUGUUUUAAGUUCACAGAAAACUUAAUGAUAAUUCAGAUUCUCAGGAAUUAAGGACUAACCAUAACAUUGUCAGUUCUAAUUACAUUUUGUAAAAGAUGGCAAGUUUGUUACCUCACUUGAGUGGGGUUUCCCUCUUCCCCCAAUUCUAAGAGAAUAUAAUGUGUAUACUAAAACAUUAAUAAACAUAAUUUUGAAAAUUUC